AUGGCCGACCCCCUCCUCACUAGCCUCUGCGCAAUCUGCCAUGUUGAGCCACCCAGGUAUAAGUGUCCGCGCUGUACGAUCCGCACCUGCUCCCUCGCCUGCACGAAGCGCCACAAGGCCUGGUCCUCUUGCAACGGCAUCCGCGACGCGACGGCCUAUGUCCCCCCGUCGAAGCUCAAGACCGCCGCCGGCGUAGACCACGACUUCAACUUCCUCUCGGGCAUUGAGCGCGCCGUGCAGCGCUCCGAGAAGGAGAUUGUCGAGGAGAGGCAGCUCCUGCGCCCAGAGGACCUGCGGCCCAUCGAGGUCCGCAGCGUGCAGUGGAAGACCGGGCGGGAUGGCCGCAAGAAGAGAGUCCUCGUGACGGAGGUGCUGAAGGGUGACGGCGGCAGCGCGAGGCAGGAGGCGCUCAUGUCGAUGCCGUUCAAGAAGAGGUUGAGCAAGUUUGGCAUCUUGUUGAGGCGCGCACCGACGGGAAUGGCGAGGCAGAAGGAGAACGGCACAAACUUUAGCAAGGCUUCGGGCCGGAUCAACUGGCAGGUUGAGUGGCUGCUGGUUCCCCCCGGCACAGGGGCCGGAAGCGAGACGAUGGAGCAACAGCAAGAGGGAGACGAAGCCAAGAACCGAACGAAGCGAAUACUGGCCAAGGCGCUCGACGAUGUUCCGCUGUACAAAGCCUUUGCCUGGGGGCAGAGGUUCUUCCACGACGAGCAGGCCAGAAAGGAGCAACAACGCCAGAAGCAACACGACGACGACGAUAACAACAACGGUGGCGGCGACGAGGCGCAGGACGGCACCAACGACAACGCAUCCCGCCCCAAGAAGCGGCGCAAACACCAGCACAAGCCGGGUCAGUCUCUUGCCACGGCCCAGGACACGGAGACCGGCGCCUGGCACCCGGGUCGCUUCUGCAUGCAGACCUCGGCACGCGGGGCCUGGAACCCUCACACCGGCGUGGCUCCCUACACGGGAACAACGGAGGAGGAGGAGGCGCAGAAGAGCCGGUACGCGUUCUACCUCGCGGGCACGACGUCCGCGGCGACGUCCGCGGCGGGGAAGACGGUCGUCCACGCCGUCGACGCGACGGUGCCUCUCGGCGAUGCGUUGCGUGACAUGACGGUUCUCGAGUUCCCCACCAUCUACGUCGUCGAGACCGGCGCCACGCUGCCGGAAUCUCUCCUGGACGAGCCGAAACCGGUGCGUCUCACGCAGAAACGCAAGCGCGAAACCCCGGCAUCGGGCAAGAGAGGGGGCUUCGGCAAAGGGGGCAAGAAAGGCCGGCGCAACCUCGAAGAGGGCGAGCUGCCGAGCGAUGGGGAGGAGAGCGACGUGGCCGACGAGGACGUCGAUAGAUUCGCCGCCGCCGUCGAGCAGAUCAUCGCCGAGGAAAGCCUGGGCGAAGAGGACGACGACGAGAGUAUGACGAGCAGCUCUGGGUCUGACUCGGACAGUGACGAAGACGUCAAGGCUAGCCUCGCUGCCAAGCUGGCCCGCCUGAAGAAACAGUCGGCGUAA